AUGAACAAACAGAUUCCCAUGACUAAGAAACCUUACUACGAUGGAUCAAAGUACACAAGUAUACAUGUCGAUGACUUCAGAGAGCAGCUGGCAGACUGCCUGGAACACGCUCAAUUCCGAGGCAAUUUUUACGGCUUCCAGAACUCUCCCGACUACGCAGACCCAGGCCUAUACAUUACCGACCAUGGGCCAAUCAGCUUACCGCUCACAGACCACGAUGCGGAAGCUUUCAUGGGCGUCUGCGAGGGAUCCGAUACUGCCAUCAAACCUACAAGUAAAUCUUCUCCCAAGGGAACCUGGGAGCUGGACUAUGGAAGUUUUGAAUGCCGUAACCCCUCCUGGUCCAGCUAUCUGCAACAAAUCGUCGAACAAUGUAUGGAUCAACUUGGCGCGAAAGGACCGGUACGCCUGAAGAAGUACGGGUUAUCUUUAUACCGGGAAGGGGCCUCCUAUAUGCCCCACGAAGAUGGCGAAAAACAACCCGGUAUGUUCGGAACGCUGGUACUUUUUCUGCCUUCAGAUUGUCGUGGUGGCAGGGUACAUCUCACGCAUGAUAAAGAGAUGGUGUCCCUUGACACUGAGCAGUAUUCAUCGCACAGUAUCUCCGCUCUGGCCUGGUAUUCCGACGUAAGUCAUGAAAUGGAUCUUGUUAAUUCAGGCAAUCGUUUGGUUUUGACGUACCAUCUUCUGCAAGACCAGAGGAUGCCCAGACAGGCCGCCUCCAUGCUUACGAAAACCCACACGAGACUGGGAGAAUUGCUUCGUAUCUGGAAUCAAGAGUUUGACGACAUCGAAAAACUCAUAUUUCCCCUUGAAUAUGGUUAG